CGGGAGCCGCGGGCGUGGCCCGGGGGCCGGCGGGGCCUCGGUGGGGACGCGCACGGCCCGGCGGCCCCGCACGGAUGGCGCGUGGGUGGGAGGCAGGCGCGCUCCUGGGCGGGAAGGACGUGACCUUGCCUUCCCCGGCGCGGCCUCCGCGCAGCCCCUCCGGAGCCCGCCGGCUCCGGCCCCACGAAGGGUCGGGACCGGCGCGGCGUGUGGCGUGGGGACACGGGUGGAGUCAGCGCUCAUGUAACAGUCGGUGUGUGAGAGCCUCGCUCCGUCCAUCGCGGCUGUACCGCGGAUAUGCCACCCACUCCGGGGAGUCCGGCGUUUCCGUGGGCAAAAUCAUUGGUGCAGGUCUGCUGUUUGUGGGAGGAGGGAUAGGUGGGACCGUCCUGUAUGCCAGCUAUGACAGACAGUUCAGGGAGAGCGUGGAGAAGGCCAUUCCCUACUCUGACAAACUCUUUGAGAUGGCACUUGGCCCUGCACCUUCCGGCACACCAGUGUCAAAGAAACCAAUACAUCAAGGUCCACUGAAGAUCUCAUCUGUAGCAGAAGUAAUGAAAGAGUCUAAACAGCCUGCUCCCAAAUCCCAGAUAGGCAAACCAGAAGGUGCUGCUCCUACAGAGGAAAAAGGAGCAGGCAAGGCUGCAGCACAGAUCAUCUCUGCAACAGGGGUAGCCGUGUCAGUGCCAGCUCCGGAGAUACAGACUGAAGAAGGUAAACAACACGAAGGUUCCCAUGCUAUCAAAGAACGGCCACCAGAAGAAGUUGCAGCCCGGCUUGCCCAGCAAGACAAAGAGGAGCAAGAGAAGGUAUCAGCCCUUGCAGCAACUCUAGAAGGAGCCCUAAACACAACUGCUCGUGUAACCCUUCAGGCCAUCACUGCUCAGGAGUCAGCUGUGCAAGCAGUGAAUGCCCAUUCCCAAAUACUGAAGGAUGCCAUGGAUGAUUCUGAGGACGCCGGGGGGAAGAAAUCCUCGCAGUGGCGCACGCUGGAGGAGGCGCUGAAGGACCGCAGGAGAGCCGUGGAUGAAGCUGCUGAUGCCCUUCUGAAAGCCAAAGAGGAGUUAGAGAAGACAAAGGGUGUCAUCGAGAGGGCCAAGAAGUCUCAGCUGGCAGGAGCCAAACCUCACAUUGUUGCUGCAGAAGAAAAUCUCCAUCACAUGAUUGUGGACUUGGACAAUGUGGUGAAAAAGGUUCAGGCAGCACAGUCUGAGGCCAAGAUCGUGGCUCAGUACCACGAGCUGGUGGCCAAAGCCAGAGAGGAGUUCCAGAAGGAGCUGGACAGCAUCACCCCUGACGUGAAGCCUGGCUGGAAGGGGAUGAAGAUAACUGACUUAGCUGGGCAGCUGUCCACAGACGACCUGAACUCCCUGAUCGCGCACGCCCACCGGCGCAUCGACCAGCUGAACCGGGAGCUGGCGGAGCAGCGCGUGCGCGAGCAGCAGCACAUCGAAACCGCCCUGGAGAAGCAGAAACUCGAAGAUAAAAGAGCAUUUGAGGCAGCUGUGGCCAAAGCGCUGGAACGUCACAAAAAUGAGAUUGAAUUAGAACAGGAGAGGAAGGUGGAAGAGGUGCGGGAGGUGAUGGAGACCGAAAUGCGGACCCAGCUCCGGCGCCAGGCUGCUGCCCACACCGACCACCUCAGAGACGUCCUGAAGAUCCAGGAGCAGGAUCUAAAGGUGGAAUUUGAGCAGAACCUAUCAGAGAAGCUCAGUGAACAGGAGAUGCAGUUCAGACGCCUUACUCAGGAACAGCUUGACAACUUCACCUUGGAUAUAAACACCGCCUAUGCCAGGCUGAAGGGAAUUGAGCAAGCAGUCGAGAGUCACGCAGUAGCAGAAGAGGAGGCCAGGAAGGCCCAUCAGCUGUGGCUCUCUGUGGAAGCGCUCAAAUUCUGCAUGAGGUCAGGCACGGGGGACAGUCCCACGGAGCCCCUGGGCAGCGCGGUGAAGGCCAUCAAAGCCAGCUGCGCCGACAACGCCUUCACGGAAGCCUUAACAGCAGCUCUGCCGGAGGAGUCCCUGACGCGGGGCGUGUACAGCGAGGAGGCCCUCAGAGCACGCUUCUACACAGUCCAAAAACUGGCAAAACGAGUGGCCAUGAUCGACGAGACGAGGAACAGCCUGUACCAAUACUUCCUGUCCUACCUGCAGUCGCUGCUGGUGUUCCACCCUCAGCAGCUGAAGCCACCGGCCGAGCUCAGCCCCGACGACCUCGACACGUUUAAGUUACUGUCUUACGCUUCCUACUGCAUCGAGCACGGAGACCUGGAGCUGGCGGCCAAAUUUGUCAACCAGUUACGAGGGGAGUCGAGGAGGGUGGCACACGACUGGCUCACGGAAGCGCGGAUGACCCUAGAAACCAAACAGAUUGUGGAUAUCUUGACAGCGUACGCCAGUGCUGUGGGGUUGGGAACAACUCAAGUGCAGUGAGCUAGGAUUGGAGCUUGGAGGCAGUUCAGCUGUUCUGGGCCAGAGAGAAAUCCCAUGAUCUCCUGAGGGUUCAAACAGAGCUGUUGGCAGGGGCUGGAAGCAGUAAAUCAAAGCACGGGUACCAUCUUGUUUCCUUGCACUGUAUUUAAUUUCACCAUCUGUUGUAUUUUUGUUGGUUUUGAGUUGUCAUGACAACCAACUUCAGGAAGCUUCCCUACAAUUUGUGUAAGAAUUAAUGUUUCCCCAUCUUUACCAAGUGGGCCUGUGAUCGAACCAAAAUAAUGUUUGUAACCUGCCAUUAAUCAUUUGCCACUUUGUCAGCUGAAUAAAACAAGACUUCAACCA